CUGGUUGGAGAGGGCUGGAGGCGCGGCUGCAGUAGAGGAUCCGCGUCCAGUGUUUGGUGGUUGUGAUGUGAAUUUGAGAACCUCCAGUGUUCAGCAACCCUAAAUUUGGGCCUCAAGGAUCUUGGUGUUUGCAGAGUUGGGCAGGCAGGGUCAGAAGAGCUUGUACCCACAGGCUUCUCGAUUUGGUGUGUAAAACAGUGAAGAACACCACAGAAUUCAAUUAUAAGGAAGUGAGAACAUAAGCAUUAAGCAUCAAAAUGGAAUUAGCAGACAGAGCUGUUGGAUUUCUGUUAUCCUUUAUCAGCUUAUCAAUAUUUACCUAUUAUACUUUCUGGGUUAUCAUCCUGCCAUUUGUGGAUGAUGAUCACUUUGCGCACAAGUACUUCUUACCCCAAGAGUAUGCCAUUAUGAUACCAGUUUCAGCUGGUGUGGCACUUCUUUGCCUCUUGUGCAUAUUUAUUGGAUUCGUGAUGCUCAAAUCCAAAAAGAAGAAGGCCUAACGGCUAACACUGUCCAUUUGUUGCACAAUUUGUUCUAAUUUUUGAAAUAGUGAAUUUAUUGAAUGCAUUUUCGAUCAUUUCAUUCCAAUUAUUAGUAAUCACCUUUUUUUU